GGAUUUUUAAGAGCAGGUUGGACAAACACCUGUCAGGGGUGGUCUAGACAAUACUUAGUCCUGCCUUGUGUGCAGAGGACUGGACUAGAUGACCUCUCGAGGUCCCUUCAACUCCUAUGAUUCUAUGAGCUUACAAGAAAGGGAGGAGGCCAGACAGAGGGCAAAGAGGGAGCAAAGUGGGCAAUCAGGGCAGGGGUAGUAAGGGAGGAGGAGAAGGGAACAGAGAGCAGUGAAGGGCCAGACUGGAACAGGAUGAGGGAGAAGCAGCAGGUUGAGUUUUCCUCCCUCUCCUCCACUAUGAUUCAUUGGGGCUGGAAGCUGUGAUGAUGAGAGCCAAUGUCUGGUGCUGUCACUGACCUGCAGGCUGUGCAGAGCCAUCUCCAGGCCAUGGAAAAAGGGAUAGGAGAUGGCAAGCAGCCAGACGAUCACCCACUGUACAGACUGCCUGAACCUGGACUGGAAGGUGCUGCUCUCUGCAGCCCUGACUUCCAGCAGCCCCAGGAACUGGAGCUCCAGGAGUCCCAAGGACAUGCCCCCCCAGAAUGUACCAGCGCCCAAUCCCAUGGAGCCCUGAGCAGCCUUGGGAGGCCCAGCCACUCUCUGCUGUGCGUGGAAGAGGAGGUCAAGAAUCGGAAAAGAUCCAGGCUCUCCAAUGGACCCCAGGCCAGUCCCAGCCUUGUCUCUCACUUCCGUCGUGCGCUGAGCGGGCCACAGCCCCAGGGCCCAUCCCCCUUUGGACACAUCCUUCAGAGCAAUAGCCUGGAUCUCCACAGCAGACGUCCCCAGGAUGGGCUGCCACACACCAGGACUCCGGACAAUCCCAGAGCCACGCAUUCUGGGGCUUCGGUGCUCUACCAGCCCACGACAGAGCCACUGGAGUCUCCAUCCCUGAAUUACGGACUCGAGGAUUGCUGUCCAUGGAGCGGCCGAGCUCCCUCAGGAGGCAGCAGCAUUAGCAGCCAAGCGAGCAAGGUGACGGGUCUAUACGCCGAGCUGGUCAAGGAGCUGGAGCUGCAGAUGGCCGAGCUGCGGAAUCUCCUCGCCUCUCGGGAAGAGGCCGCCAUAUGGCAGGAGAGGAGGAUCAAGGAGCUGGAGCUGGAGAACCAGCAGCUGAAGAGCCAGCUGCGGAACCUAGAGGAGCAGAACGACCUCCUCUCCAGCAGGAACGGGGCAGGGGCAGCAGCAGCCAGGACGGUGCUGGGGUCCGGAAACAGCUGUGUUGACAUCAACGAGAGCAACAUCCAGUUCCUGAAGGGCUUGGUGGGGCUGCUGGAGAGCAACACGGCAUUGCAGGCCAAUGGCCUCCAGCCAUUCUCCUCUCCCAAUAUGGGGGAGCAGAGGUGCACCUCAGAGGUCCCCAAAAGCCCCCCGGUCUGGAGGAUGCGAGCAGGGGUCCCAAGCAGCUUCCCACCCUGGAUGAGCACAGAGGACAGCUCGGGGAGCCCCGUCACGCUCAAUGAUGCCACAUGCUUAUGGGAGGAGAACGUACAAGAUAUGCUGCCCGAUGGCACCCCAGUGUGGGCGUCGCCCGUGGAGGAGAAUGGGAGGCCCAAGCUGGAAUUGAUCCCCAACUCGGGGGUCUACAUCACCCACAACCAGCUGGAUGACCUCUCGCAGGUUUCCACCGACAAGCCCAAGUUGAUGACCAGGCGCCUGCUGGAUUACUUCUUCUCCCGGGAGACGCUCGCCAGAUCUUCGGCCACCGGCCAGCGCAUCGCCCACAACAACACGACCAUGGAGAAACCCAUCCGUCUGCCGGUCGCUGUGGUAAAUGCUAUCAAAGUUAAGCAGCCACCCUCGCGCAGUUCCUGUGAUGUAGGGAUUACCACCCCGUUCGGCAGCAAAGAUUCAGAUUUGGAGGGUGAAGAUACCACCGUGCUAAAUGCAAGAUCAAAUUGGAUGGGUGAUGCCCAAGGUCGCAGAGCAAGUUAGUAGCACAUCAAGGAUGAGAGUGCAGUACCAGGGGCAUGGUGUCCUUGUCUGGAUCCCACAUGCUGCAUUGGGGGUGAGCGUGGGUUUUGCAUGAUGGGAUCUGGUGUGAUUCAUCUCAGUGGAUUCAUAAAAAGCCAGAACUACUCUGGUUUUUUGCUCCACUUCUUUGCCCUCCCCACCCUCCUCCAGAGUAUGUUACCAAAGUGUGCGGCAAGAGCUGCAACUUCAACGCCGUGAUCAACAGCAAGUGUGGCACCUCCCGGAGGGCGGUCAAAAAAAUGAUCAUCAAAAUGGAGUAGCCGGCAACAUCCAUCGAGACAAUGGCGAACCAGCUGCCAGCUCCGAAGACUCCUGAGGAUCCAUCGCCCCCACUCCAACGUACACUGGUGGGAGAUCUACACAGUGGUGCUGGUGGCCCAGGUCCUCUCCCACACAGCUGCAUUCGGGGGUGAGCGUGGUGGAGGUAACGCACCCCUCCCAGCAGACAUUAUGGGAGCAGCAGUGGUGCAGUUUAGUACAUGCACCACAAGGCCUGAAGCGCCUGCCAUCCUGGGGCAUUCAGUCCUAGCAUAUAGGUCUCAGUGCAUGCAUUCCUGGGGAGGGGUGACUUAUGCCUUCUAAGGAAGCAUCUGGGAUCUGCCGUGCCUGGGGGAGAAGAGAGCUGGCGGGUAUGUUCUGGCACAAUAGCUCUGACAUUCCGUUAUAACGAGUCCCUGAGGAGGGAGGGUUGAUCCCAAUUGGGGCACUGCACUUGCCCAUGGGAAAUCUCUGUCCUCUUUCAAAACUUGUCAGCUCCAUUCAGGAAUCCCGGCUCCGUGACACUGAACAUUAAUACUGCGGCCCUCUCCUCCGCCUGUGGGCAAACUCUUCUCCCCUCACAUCGGGCUGGAAGAAGGACAAUGCUGGCAGUGGAACGGGGCCCAGGCUGCAGUCACGGCACUGGACGCUGGCCAGAGCAGGGGAACUUCUGCUUUGAAACAGUUCUUACCAGACUGUUUACUGACCAGGGCCUGUAGAUAAACUCAGAGCCUUAGUCUUUGGAGUGUGGGGGGAUUUCAUCUCCCUCCCAUAGGGCAAGGUCUGCUCUCAUGCAGAGGCUCACGGUGUGGCUCAACAAGCAAUUUCUCUGCUCAUUGUAGGUGUAAGAAUUUAACUGUGGUCGAGGCAUUUUUCCCCCCUUAAAGAAAGUUCCCAUAAAUAUUCUUUCUUGUAAAUAAAAUCAUCCUUCCUCUCCCCCCAACUUCCCUAAUAAAGGCUGGAAUGCAACAGUUGUUUCUUCUGACUGCUUCCUCAUGCUAAGGGUGGAGGGGGGAGCAUGGUGGAAUUUAUAGUCUCUAGGGUUGUCACAGAGAUUAAAAGUAGUGCUAAGCUGCCUACAGUAGACACAGCCAAAACAGGCUUGGUAAUUUUAACCAGGAGUUCUUUCCAUCGUUCAGCAUCUGGGACAGGAGGGCUUCCCCCCACCCCCAAGCCAUGAUUCGGCCUGAACACCUCUCUCAGGUGACGUGAAAGAGAAUUCAAAGUGGCCAAUUUGGUGCAGUUAUUGGCCUCCUCUGGCAGGCUCAGAAUGGAGCAAUUCCCACCUUCCCAUUUCCGAGGAUGAGCUGACCCCGGAUGCUGAAGCUGGCUCCUUUAAGAGGAUCCUUCUCUUGCUUCCAGGAGAUGUUACCAGAGCACAGCAGGGGCAGCGUGUGUGUGGAGGGGGCGGGAUGGAGGUAGGGGGACACUUUCCAAUGACUCCAGUUCCUGAGCAAUUUCCCCUGCCCUCCAGGUCACUGGGCAGCUUUUGAAAAUCAUUGACUGUACUUUUUCCUGCCCAAUGCUGGUGAACGGGGCUUGAUUGAAGGCCUUCAGGUAUCCAGAGCAGGGAUAGCUACCAGGGCUUCCCCAGCAUUGCCCCUGUCCUGGAGAAGGGGGUUUAAAGGGGCGAGCCCCCUCCAUCUUAUUUUUGGUUAAGAAUGUCCCAUGUCAUCUCGACAUGGACACUCAUCUGUGGGGAACCAGCAGCUCAUUUCCCAAGGUCAGGCAGGUUAGAAGGUAAAGCUUGUGUUGCCCCAUCCAGGGAAAGACUCGCAGACGGUUCUGAGGUCCGGCCUGACUGUACCAACAGGAUCCUUUUGUGGGUGAAGCUCGGGAGGAUAGAGAGAUGCUUCAAAAGACGAAAACCAGUGGGCAGCAACUGUAAAGCUCUUUGCAACAAGGACUGUCUCUUAUUCUAACGCACAGCUCCUAGCACAAUGGGGCCCUACUACAAACAACAGUGUGGUCCAGUGGGUGGGGCACUGGCCUGGGAUUCAGGACACCUGGGUUCCAUUCCCAGCUCUCCCAUUGACCUUGAGCAGGUCACUUCCCCUCUGUGCCCCAACCUUUCUCCUCCCAGCUUUUGCCUUGACUAGGUAGACUGUCAGCUCCUUGGGGCAGAGACAAUGUAGGUGGCUCCAGUGGACGGGAUUGAAAUCUCAGCGGGUCUCUUGGUGCUACUGUGAUACAAACAACUGACCUGGUCACCCCCCAACUAACCAUCUCACCUCUCCCCAAAAACUGGUCCCUCUUACCGGGCGUCACGCUUACAAGACAAAGGAUCCUUUGCUUCCCAUGCUGGGUUUGCCUCUGGCGACUAAAUUUAUUUAGCAAGAAAAAACUCUUGGCUGACUCUUCACCAGCCAGCCAGUUACAUCGUUAAUAAAGAACAACAGAUCUGUCACUUAAUUCAUAAAACAUACCUCAAGCAGUUACAACUAAAAAAUAAAGUGGAUUUUUUUUUUAAUUUAAAAGCUCAAAAAUAACAAGCCAUAUGUUUUUGAAACAUGUAGUAAACACGGAAGCAAUAUAGUCUAUGAUACAAUAUACACUAUACACAGUAAUGGGCUGCAGGGGUGGGGGUUGGCAUUAUGGGCAAAAGAGGAUUUAAAGAUCCAAAAUUCAAAAGGAAACGCCAUGUCACUGAGAAAU